AUGUACAGCGAAGAGGAAAUAAAAUUGUUAGCAGAGCUAAGAAGGAAACGAGGUGUUGUCAAAGCAGCCCUCACACGUGCCCAAACCUUUGUUUCAAAUUUCGUUAUCGGUGAGCAAGCAGUCUCAUUACUCGAGUUCAGGCAGGAGGAGCUGCCACAAAUAAACAGGAAGUUUGAUGAUAUUCAGUCUCAAAUCGAAUUGAUUACUAUUGAAGAUACUGUAGAAGCUGAAACCGAGAGGAAUAAGUUUGAAGAACUAUAUUUUAUGAUAAGAUCACAGAUGCAAGAAAUUAUCAAGGCAGAUAAGGCAUCAAACACUUCUGUUCACAAUGCUUCGCACAUUUUCAGCAGUUCAGGACAUCGGAAUCAGCUGCCACCAAUACCACUGCCAUCGUUCGAUGGAAACAUACAAGAAUGGUCUUCAUUCUUCGAUAUUUUCCGUGUUAUAGUACAUGAAGGAAAUGAAUAUUCAGAUGCUCAGAAGUUUUAUUAUUUGCGUUCGUGUUUACAAGGGCAAGCAUUAGACUUGGUGCGUUCUAUUCCUAUCAACGACGGCAACUAUUCGGUAGUUGUUGAAAGGCUUAAGCAACGAUACGACAACCCUAGUCUUGUAAUUCAGUCGCACAUACGAUCGCUUCUUGAAUGUCCAAGAAUUGAAGAACCAUCAGCAUCAGCGCUGCAAGAACUUUAUUCGCAUGUAAGCACUCAUGUUGCCGCACUGAGCGCGCUUGACCAACCAAUCGAACACUGGGAUGCGUGGUUAAUCACUAUAGUUACAGGACGUCUUGACAGAAGCACCGGGCACGGAUGGCAACUACAUCUGAGAAACACUGAUUUACCCAAGUACUCGGACCUCGAAUCGUUUCUGGCUAGCCGGUGUGUGGCGUUAGAAGGUUCAGAGGCAGUAAGUUUAAAUCAAGGGGGAUCUAAGGUUAUUCCAAAUAAUUCGGGCACAAGGUAUUCAAAACAAAAUCAAUUGAAGGAAGCUCAACUCACCCGAUCAGUGAGUAAUAAGAAGUUCGGAGCCCACUCAAGAGGUGCUCUUGUAGCAGCAUCCGAAGUAAAAGAAAAAUGCGCAUACUGCACAAGCAUGCACAGGUUGUAUACAUGUAGCAGUUUUAAGAACCUUUCAGUCGGAGAUCGAAUUAAUUUUGUACGUGAAACUAAGCUAUGUUUCAACUGUCUUCAUCCAGCACAUGCAGCUGACAAAUGCAGAUCAAGAUAUAAUUGUUUUGUCUGCAAGGGGAAGCACAAUACUUUACUUCAUUAUGAAAGAAAAGGGGAAUCUUCGAAAUCUGUGAGUGACGAGGACACGCCUGAAGAAGGUGUAGCUUCGUCUUCGAACCAAACUGGCUCAAAAAAGGUAUUACUAGUUCAUCAAGGACAUGGCCACGUAUUCUUGUCAACAGCAGUAGUUCUAGUAAGGGACCAUCAAGGCGUGCGUAGGAAAUGCCAUGCCAUACUAGAUAGUGGUUCGCAGGUUAACUUCAUAUCCAAGGGACUAGCAAAACAACUACAAUUACCAGCUGCAAGGUCGUCGAUUCCAGUUAGUGGCAUAGGAGCAAACACACUCCAGUCUAGUACCUAUGUUGAUGUACAUGUUGAAUCCAGAUUUGGUUCAUCGAGUUUCAACUUAUCUUGUCAUACCUUACCUGUUAUCAUGUCACAACUACAACCUGUUCGUCCUCCAGUGGAAGGCUGGACAAUUCCAAGUGAGCUAUUACCACAGCUAGCUGACCCUCAUUUCUGUGAUUCCAAACAAAUCGAUUUAUUGAUUGGAGGUGGUGCAUUCUUUGACAUAUUGCAGCCAAGUCGUAUACAGCUGGAUGUGAAGAUGUUAUAUCUGCAGGACAGCAAGUUGGGUUGGAUAGUCACAGGUGAGUUGAGCCACACAUGUCUGCUAAGUGUUGGCAGGUCGUUGGAAAAGGAAUCUAAGGCAAUUCUCGGCCACGAGGAUGUUUUGUACGACAAACAAUCAAAGGCAAACCAGUGUUCUAUCGAAGAAAACCAUGCGCUCGAACAUUUUCAGUCCACAUUUAGACGAAAUGAGGAAGGUCGUUUCGUGCUGCAAUUACCCGUCAAAACAGACCUAACUAAUUUAGGUCAGAGUGUCAACUCAGCUACAUCUAGGUUUCUCAGUAUGGAGAGAAAACUACAGCAAGAUGCAGACUUGCGAAUUGAGUACACGAAGUUCAUGAAAGAUUAUCUGGAGAUGGGCCAUAUGCAAGAAGUUGUGAAGGAAUCGAAUAUUCCUAAGCGAUCAUGCUACUUACCACACCAUGCAGUAUUCAAGAGCUCAAGUUUAACAACUAAAAUUCGAAUCGUUUUUGACGCCUCAGCGAGAACUUCUUCAGGGUUGUCACUCAACGACGUAUUGAUGCGAGGCCCAAAGACGCAGGAGGACAUAUUCUCAAUUCUUACGCGUUUUAGAAAAUAUCAAUAUGUGAUUUCGUCUGACAUUGAGAAGAUGUUCCGACAAGUAGCUGUGGCAGAACAAGACUGGGAUCUCCAACGGAUUUUCUGGCGAAAUAAUCCUAGUGAAGCUUUGCGGACCUAUCGAUUGGUCACCGUAACUUAUGGUACAAAACCAGCCUCGUUCAUGACAACGCAGUGUUUGGUAACGUUGGCACAACAAGCGUACGAACAUUUUCCCAGAGCUGCGGACGCGAUAACGAAGGAUUUUUAUAUGGAUGAUCUUAUGACGGGAGGUGAAACCGAAGCUGAAUGUAUUCAAUUGCACCAAGAGAUAACGUCAAUUCUAGCCUCAGCAAAAUUACCUCUAAGAAAGUGGUGUUCGAAUUCCUCUUACGUCUUGGGACAUAUUGGUAAAAAUGUCAGGGACCCCUUAUUCACCUUGGAAUUAGGAGAUGAAGAAAUGGUCAAGUCUCUCGGCUUAUGUUGGAACCCAGUACUUGAUGAGUUCAGGUUCAAUGUCAUACCAACUCCAGCACGAUCAAAAUUGACCAAAAGAACACUGCUAUCCGAUUUGAACAAGGUGUUUGACCCCAUAGGUUUUAUAGCCCCAAUACUCGUAAAGGGAAAGAUAUUUUUACAGCAGGUAUGGGCUUUGAAAAUUGAUUGGGAUAGUCCCUUGUCUUCAGACAUUCAUGAUCGGUGGAUGUCAUUCCAUAAGGAUUUAGAGAAACUGCAAAAUAUAUCCAUCCCAAGAAAGGUUCUACCAAAAUCAAAUGAAUUCCAAAUACACGGAUUCUGUGAUGCGUCGCAAGAAGCCUAUGGGGCUUGCAUAUAUGUACGAUCGCACUGUUCUGAAAAUACGUGGCAGGUUCGACUGCUGUGUGCUAGGAGUCGUGUAGCGCCAAUAAAGGGUUCAACAAUUCCUCGUCUUGAACUGAAUGGUGCCUUGGUAUUAGCACAAUUACUCCAAAAGCUAACGGAUGCUUGGGAAAUUGAUCGUCAUAAGUGUCAUUUGUGGACAGAUUCCACUGUAGUUCUUAGUUGGUUAAAUGCACAAUCCAAUCGAUUAAAGGUGUACGUCAGCAAUCGCGUUAAUCAGAUCUUAGAGCUUACAAAUGCAUCGCAAUGGAAUUAUGUAAGAACAGAUAAGAACCCUGCUGAUAUGAUAUCUCGAGGUACUAAUGUAACGGAGAUAAGUGCUUCUAAACUUUGGUGGAAUGGACCUGAUUGGUUAGGCAUAUCAGACGAGUUGUGGGAAAAGGUCCCAAGAAAUAUAUUGAAGGAAGAAGAAAUACCUGAGCAACGCACAAUACAAUUUGCAUUAGUUGGAGUUCAAUCUAAUCAAGAGUUGGUCCAACAUUACUCCUCCUGGUCACGACUGAAGAGAGCAACAGCUUGGUUAAAAAGAUUUGUAGAAUAUUUGAGAACAAGAGGGGUACCAAGUGAAGUUUAUUUGUCUGUAAGAGAACUGCAAGCGGCCGAAGUAUGUAUACUGAAACAAGUCCAAGCCGAAUGUUUCCUUGAUGAGUUACGAUCUCUGGAAUCUCAAGGGGAGUUGAACCUAAAAAGUAAACUGAAGUCCCUACGUCCAUUUAUAAAGGAAGGACUAAUCUUGGUUGGUGGACGUUUGAACAAUUCUGGGUUGUCAAUGUUACAAAGGCACCCGAUCGUGUUGCCCGCAAAUCAUAAGGUGACUCGGUUAAUAUUUGAACAAAUACAUUUAGAGCAAUUACAUUGUGGGCCUCAAGCUUUGCUUGCUGAGGUGAGACGAAGGUACUGGCCGUUAAGAAGUCGAGUGAUGGCUCGUUCCGUGGUAUCACGUUGCGUGAAAUGCACCCGAGCAAAACCAACAUUUAAUGCUCCCUUGAUGGCUCCAUUACCCAAGGAAAGGGUCCAAGUCGCACGACCGUUCGCUGUUACUGGGGUCGAUUUUGCUGGACCAAUCAUCAUAAGAAGCGGUAUAAGGCGAGUGAUAGGCGUGAAGGCCUGGAUAGCCGUUUUCGUAUGUUUUACCACAAGAGCAGUUCAUUUGGAGAUGGUGGAAGAUCUAUCGAGCCAAGCCUUCCUGGCAUCGUUGCGUCGAUUCACGGCGCGUAGAGGCUUAUGUUCAACAAUAUUUAGCGAUAACGGUACAAAUUUCGUUGGAGCAAGAAGAGAGCUGUACAUGCAUGUAAUGGCUGCUCAUCCACAGAUAGCCCAGAGAGGUAUUGAAUGGAGAUUUAACCCACCAUCAGCACCACAUUUCGGUGGCCUAUGGGAGAGUGCGGUUAAAAGUGCAAAACACCAUUUAACCCGUAUGAUGAGUGAUGCCAAGCUAACUAUUGGUGAAUUAUCAACACUAUUGUGCCAGAUAGAAGCUUGCCUUAACUCACGACCGCUGACCCCAAUGAGCAGCGACCCAUCUGACUUAGAGGUACUAACCCCAGCUCAUUUCCUUGUAGGCAGUCCUAUCUCGUUACCUCCUGAGGUCGACCUGAGACAGGAACCAUUGAAUAGUCUUAAAAGAUGGAAGUAUGUACAGGCGUUAAUGCAACAUUUUUGGCGAAGAUGGUCUAGCGAAUAUUUACCUCAGUUACAAAUUAGAGGAAAAUGGAGUAGUAAUAAAACUCCAUUAAAAAUUGGUGAUAUUGCUAUUAUAAGGGAUGAAAACACACCACCCACAAAAUGGAAACUGGGAAGAGUAGUUAACGUGCAUCCUGGUAAUGACGGGAUCAUAAGAGUAGUAACAAUGCGCCUCGGAUCCGGGGCAGAAUUGAAGCGUCCGACAGUCAAACUAUGCCGACUACCAACAGACAAGGACAUAAAUAUAGAUGCAGACGAAGAGGUAGUUGAAAAACAAAUUUUCAACGCGGGGGAGAAUGUUGCCGCCGCAACAUAA